GCACUCCUCCUCACCCAUGAACCGACUGCUUUAUUUGUAGCUUUGAUUGCUCAUGUAAAGUAAGAGAUGAGCUGGUGUUCCCAAGCAGAAUAAAACUAAUUAAACUGCUUACAGUUUAUUAUUUGAUUCCAAUUGGCAACUCACAAAUCACGUUUUACAAGAAAAUACCCUGCAGCACCCCUCUGUGAGGGGGUUGAUGACACUUGAAUAGGGGGGCAGUUAAUGAUUAUUUGCACCCCGCUUCCUUGUCCCUGAAGUUUCCUCCUUGAAUUGUCGGAGUGCGCGUCCGAGCGCACAGACACGCCUCCAGCCUGUGGAUCGCUCGGUGCGUCUCUUUCCUGCUGUCCGCUUCAAACCCAUAUUCCGCUGGGGAAAGUCAGAGGACGAGAGAGGUAGAGUGGGAGAGUGUGUGUGUGCGUAUGAGAGAGAAAGAGAGAGAGAGGGAGCGAGAGAGCGGGACCAGAGAGAAGAGAAACGCGAGAAAAAGAAGAGAGGAAAAAAGCCGAGCCGCGUUGCAAAUGGCACUCAUGGCAGGGAUUUUGUUCACGGUCACCGUUCUUAUUUCUGGGAUUUCUACUCUCGGUUCAUCGGCACGGAUAUACCCACCAAAUGAAGUCACGUUAUUGGACUCCAGGGCCGUACAGGGGGAGCUGGGAUGGGUCGCCAACCCGACAGAAGGAGGGUGGGAGGAAGUAAGCAUUAUGGACGAAAAGAACAUCCCCAUCCGUACAUACCAGGUGUGCAAUGUCAUGGAGCCAAAUCAGAACAACUGGCUCCGUACUGACUGGAUCCCCCGUGGAGGUGCCCAGCGUGUCUACAUCGAGAUCAAGUUCACCCUGCGGGACUGCAACAGCUUGCCGGGGGUCAUGGGAACCUGCAAGGAAACCUUCAAUCUUUACUACUACGAGUCCAACAAUGACAAGGAGCGCUACAUCCGGGAGAACCAGUUCACCAAGAUAGACACCAUUGCUGCAGAUGAGAGCUUCACUCAGGUGGAUAUUGGGGAUCGCAUCAUGAAGCUGAACACGGAGGUCCGGGAUGUGGGUGCCCUGACACGGAAGGGUUUCUAUUUGGCAUUCCAGGAUGUUGGAGCGUGCAUUGCCCUUGUUUCUGUUAGGGUUUUCUACAAGAAAUGCCCAUUAUCCGUGCGAAACCUAGCCCAGUUUCCUGAUACUAUCACUGGUGCCGAUACGUCAUCGCUGGUGGAAGUUCGUGGCUCAUGUGUGGAUAAUUCAGAAGAAAAGGAAGUUCCUAAGAUGUACUGCGGAGCUGAUGGAGAGUGGUUGGUGCCCAUAGGGAACUGCCUGUGCAACCCUGGAUAUGAGGAACGCAAUUCAGAAUGCCAAGCCUGUAAAAUCGGUUACUACCGUGCUCUGGCCACUGAUGGCUCCUGCUCCAAGUGUCCGCUCCACAGUUACUCCGUGAGGGAGGGCUCCACCUCUUGUGCCUGUGACAAGGGAUUCUUCCGCUCGGAAACAGACCCAGCAUCAAUGCCCUGCACCCGCCCUCCGACCGCACCCCUCCACCUCAUCUCAAAUGUGAACGAGACCUCCGUAAACCUGGAAUGGAGCCCUCCUCGGAGCUCUGGGGGCCGCCAGGACCUGACGUACAACGUUGUGUGUAAGCGCUGCGGGCCCGACGGCCGCCGCUGCCAGCCCUGCGGCAACGGCGUUCACUUCAGCCCUCAGCAGCUGAGCCUGAAGGGGACCAGGGUGUCCAUCAACGAGCUGCAGGCGCACACCAACUACACCUUCGAGGUGUGGGCAGUGAACGGCGUCUCCCCUCAGAGCCCAGGGCCGGAGCAGGCGGUGUCUGUGACCGUCACCACCAACCAGGCUGCCCCUUCUCCAGUAACUUCCAUCCAAGCAAAGGAUAUCACCAGACACACCAUCUCACUGGCCUGGCAGCCACCAGAGAGGUCCAAUGGUGUCAUCCUGGAGUAUGAGGUCAAGUAUUACGAAAAGGACCAGAACGAAAGAAGCUAUCGCAUCAUAAAAACAUCAUCCAGAAGCACAGACAUCAAGGGCCUCACCCCCCUCACCUCUUAUGUGUUUCAUGUGCGUGCUCGGACUGCCGCCGGCUACGGUGAAUUUAGCGGACCCUUUGAGUUCAUGACUAACUCCGUCCCAGCUCCCAUUAUAGGCGACGGGGCAAACUCCACCGUGUUACUGGUGUCUGUGGUGGGCAGCGUGGUCCUUCUGAUUAUCCUCAUCAGCGCUUUCAUCAUCAGCCGAAGGAGUAAAUACAGCAAGGCCAAGCAGGACUCUGACGAAGAGAAGCACUUACACCAAGAAGUCAGGAUAUAUGUUGACCCCUUUACCUAUGAGGACCCAAAUCAAGCCGUCCGCGAGUUUGCCAAAGAGAUUGACGCUUCCUGUAUCAAGAUCGAGAAAGUUAUUGGUAUCGCCUGUGUGUUCUCAGGAGAAUUUGGUGAAGUCUGCAGCGGUCGCUUGAAAAUGCCUGGCAAGAGGGAGAUCUGCGUGGCCAUAAAGACGCUGAAAGCCGGCUACACUGACAAGCAGAGAAGAGACUUCCUUUCUGAGGCCAGCAUCAUGGGCCAGUUUGACCACCCCAACAUCAUUCACCUGGAGGGUGUGGUCACCAAAUGUACGUUCAGUAAGCCGGUGAUGAUUAUCACGGAGUACAUGGAGAACGGAUCGCUGGAUGCAUUCCUGAGGAAGAAUGAUGGUCGCUUCACAGUCAUCCAGCUGGUUGGCAUCCUGCGUGGCAUUGCGUCAGGCAUGAAGUACCUGUCAGACAUGAGCUACGUUCACCGCGACUUAGCCGCUCGCAACAUCCUGGUGAACAGCAACCUGGUGUGCAAGGUGUCUGACUUUGGCAUGUCACGAGUGCUGGAAGACGACCCGGAGGCUGCAUACACCACCAGGGGAGGCAAGAUCCCCAUUCGCUGGACGGCCCCAGAGGCCAUCGCUUACAGGAAGUUCACCUCAGCCAGUGAUGUGUGGAGUUACGGCAUCGUCAUGUGGGAGGUGAUGUCAUAUGGCGAGCGACCAUACUGGGACAUGAGUAAUCAAGACGUGAUCAAGGCUAUUGAUGAGGGCUAUCGGCUGCCUCCACCCAUGGACUGCCCUGUGGCUCUCCACCAGCUCAUGCUGGACUGCUGGCAACGAGAGAGAGCUGACCGGCCAAAGUUCGGACAGAUUGUCAACAUGCUGGAUAAGCUGAUCCGCAACCCCAACACCCUGAAGAGGACUGGGGGAGAGACCGCAGUCAGGCCCAACACCACCCUGUUGGAGCCAGGGAGCCCUGAGGCAUCCUCCGCAGUGGGCACAGUGGAGGACUGGCUGCAGGCCAUUGGCAUGGAGAGAUACAGUGACAACUUCACUGCAGCCGGCUACACCACUCCGGAAGCUGUGGUCCACAUGACACAGGAGGACAUGGCACGCAUAGGCAUCUCCUCUGCUGCGCAUCAGAACAAGAUCCUAACCAGCGUCCAGAGUAUGCUGUCCCAAAUGCAACAGAUCCAAGGCAGAAUGGUUCCUGUCUGAGAGGAGGAAGCAAAGGAAUCAAAAUGACAUUUUUUUCUUAAAAAAGAAAGAAAACAUAAUAAAAAAAGUUAAAUAUAAAAAAGGAGACAAAUAAACUAUGAAGAAAUAGUUUACCUCAUCAACGCACUUUAAAUUGGAUCUAAAAGAAAACAAGACCUUGAUGAAGAAAAAAAAGGUGUCUAAACUGGCACUUUUUCAUAAAUCUGACCUUUACCUUCCCCUUUUUGUUGUUUUGGAGAAUGGAACACUUCUAUCUGCAGCAUUUUUGGAUUCACGGGGCGGGCGGCUGAAAAAGUGCUUCCAAGAGGCCAAUCUGGAGUGCCUUUAAAGGUCUGGAAGGAAGGAGGGCAGUAUUGGGAUCUGACAUUUCUUCCUCCUCUUGGGCAAACAGCUAUCUCUUGGAACUUUCCCUCUGGAAUACUCCAAGGAACAGACUUUUUGAAUUUCCUGUGACUGUGUUUAUAGUACAUGACUUGUUUCUGCGGGACUCAAAGGCUGCCCCGGCCACCAUUGUUCUCUUUCUCUCCGUCAGCUGGAUCUGUUUGAUAUCUCUUGGAAAGUGGAGGAUGCUACCUGUGAAUAUCUCAGAGGUUGAGGGCUGCAGUCUUUGGGGAAAUGCUGGUGCAGUGAAAGCUUAUUUCAAGGAUUUUUUUUGUGGUCUUGCCUCUCUUCUGACCUUGUUUUUCUCCCAGAAUGCCAGAUUUUGCUGCCCGCUGGGCAUUACUGAGAAUGUCUUUGAUCUUCCGAAGGAGACUUCCCACACCCGUCUUCCCAAAAACAAUCCCUCCUACACCUUCGAUAAACACACACUUUGGAUUCUUCCAUUUGUCUCCCAUCGGAAUCAAAGCCCUCACCUCACCGUUACUGCAGGAGCUACAGACUAUUCGUAACCACUCUGAAUGGACGCUUGUUUGGAACGCCUGUAUUGGUUGCAUAAACCGGAGGCAAGAUGAUGGAUUUUACUUUCUCUCAAAAGGACAAUGUGGAUAUAAAUGGAAACGCAAUCAUCAGCUACAAAAAAAGAAAAGAAAAAAAGAAAAACAAGAAAAUAUUGAAGGAUUAUUGAAGCUGUCUUUAAGAUGCUGCCGUCCAUCAAUAACGGGAAUCUUGGCCUCGUUUGCCACGAGUGGAUUUUUUUUGCCGCUCUUCCUCCUUCUUCCUCGUCGUCCUGCUUCCUUCUCAGCCUCUCCUUUCGGGGCGUCUCCUCCACCAAUGAGAAGACAAAUCAGUUCACACACGCCUGGGAUAUUCACCGUAGCAGCAUCUCGGCUUGACAGUGUUGCCAUCCCUGGGGUUGUGGCCAUCCGGCGAUGAGUUGGAGUUGCUAUGAAUGAAUUUAACAGCUUAAAAAAAACAACAACAACAAGAAGAAUGUAAUAUAACAGAGAAAACCUGCUUUGGUGGAUAAAAUACUUUUUAAAUUCACUUCAAUUGUGAUUUUUUUUAUUUGUUCUCUUUGCAUGUAGAGUAAAUAGGGUUUAAUUUGACUGUGAGAAUGAGAUGUGUGUGGGCGUGUUUGUGUGUGUUCUCUGAUGGACAUUUGUAAUUGUGUCUGUUUUCAUGCCACUGUUGAGAAGGGAGGAGAUAACAGAGCUGUAUAGUUUUUGAUAUUAAAAAAAUGAAAAAGCCUGGACUAUAUUUUUUUCUUUUUGUGUCAUCUGUAAAAAAAAAAAAGAGAGAACAUAAGGUGUGUUGCUCAUGUCAUGUAUGCUUUCCUCAGCAACAGCAUUUAGUGAACAGCUUUUCUGGAGUGAAACCCAUUUGGAGCUGCACGCAGUUGGACGCGUAGAGACACAACCGAGACACUAAACGUCUCCAGUGCAUACAAAAGCAUAUUGGAGUUUGGACUCUCCGUGCUCGUUAUGAAUCAUGGAGGAAACACUUUCUGGAUGUGAAAAUGGGCGCGGUCAAAAAUUACGCACCUGGACAGAACAAAGGAUCAGAGGGCGAGGGAGGGGGGUAUGUCUAAAGAGGAUUUUUUGUUUAAUUUUCCGGAGUACAUCAUAAAGCUACAGGUUGACCACAAUGGGCUAUAUUCAUUUUUUUUCCUUUUCUCUACAAACUAUAUGCUCAUGUGAAUGUUUCUGAACUCUUGAGAGACAAUUCAUAUACAGUAAUAGAACACCUCCAUCCUUAAUAGAGCUCUGCAAUCCUUUCUAAUUGUUUUCCUUUUUGGGCGGGUUGGGGAGUUAUUUCUUGAAAAUGGACCUGCUUGGAUAUAUGCAAGAUAUGCUUGGAAGGAGAAGGAAACCAGAAUGUACUGUAAAAUACUUUUUUCCUUUACUUAAAUGUCAGAUAAGUUUUAAAAAAAAGAAAAAGAAAAAAAAAUGAACAUAACGCAAGGGUUAAUGUUUGUCAUUGUAUGCCUUCCGAUGCCAUAAUGAUCUAGACAUGUAGAUCUAACAUCCUCUUGAUCCUUUUUGUAUUUUUUUUUCUUUUUUGGACAUCAUUUCUUUGUUUUGUUUUUGUUUUUUGGUUAAGGAGCUAUAGGUACAUGUAACUUAUGUCAUUUAUUUAUGUCCUUUUAUAUCUAGUUUGUAAAAUAAUAGCCUAAAGUGAAGUAAAUAAAAGGGGUGCCAAGGUGCAUUCCUAUUAAAGUAGAAACUAUG